AUCGGAGAGUCAAAACGGAACAGAGGACGACUCUUGAAGGACACCGGCGCUUCUUCCGCCGGUAACCUCCGUGAAGCUCAUAUCGGCGGUCAUCGAUUUUGUGCUACCGCUGAUAACUUUUUCGGAAGCGACUUUCAAGUUGACUCUAUCAAACGCGACUCCACGGCUCGAGAAUGGGUUGCAUCGGAUCUUCUCAGGCUAGAAAUGAGGGCGGAGUCAAAAGAAAGAAAAUCCGGAAACCUAAACCGUGGGAACAUACUGAGCCAAUCACGAAGGCACAGCUUAUGAAUAUGCGUGAGGAGUUUUGGGAUACUUCUCCACACUAUGGUGGUCAAAGAGAGAUUUGGGAAGCGCUUAGAGCUGCUGCUGAAGCUGAACUGGAGCUAGCACAAACCAUUGUUGACAGUGCAGGCGUGAUUGUUGAGAAUCGUGAUCUAACAUUGUGUUGGGAUGAAAGAGGUGCUAGAUAUGAGCUUCCUAGGUAUGUUUUAAGUGAGCCCACGAAUCUGAUUCCAGAGCAGGGACAGUGAUGACUUCUAAGAACAUUGACACAAAAAGCAAAGCUUAUAGUAAGUAAUAGAAGAAGAAGAAGAAGCAAGAAGACUAUAGAAUCUGGAGUAACUCUCCCAUAGUUGUGUAUUCUUUACGUUUAGCAAUAGAAACGAUAUACACUAUUAAGUACACAAAACUCUGUAUAGUUACAGAAAUCUCAAGUGAGAUAUGACCCGUUGUUGUUGAGGUACAUAUGUACAGUUACGAUUGCUGAAAUCAUAUUUUGGGGUCAAAAAUGAUCUCAUGAACAUGACAGUUGACAACUUCUAAGUAUUUUGGGGUCUAAGACAUAUAUUUUA